UCUUUUCCUCUCGGGCUCUCUCUCUCUAUCUCUCUCUCUCUCUAACUUUGGACUUUAUGGAUGUGGCAAAAUCACAAACAAUUACUCGCUGAAACCAGGUUCUACUGUUAAUUUCUCUCCUCAAUCUUCAACAUUGGGAUACAAAGCUUCAACUUGUUUCAAUUUCUUUCCGAAAUUCUUGUGUAAUCAAGCUCACCAUUGAAAUUUUAGGAAAUUAGGUUUUACGGAAAUGUUCUUUGUCUCAUAUUUAUCUUUGUAACUGCAAUGGGUGAAUGAUAUAUCGUGAAGAACACUCUAUGUUGUUUCGUGAUUCUGAUAAGUUGGUUUUUCUCUGAAUCUUUGUUGUGAUGGGUGAUGUGGAGGUACCCAGUUGGUUGAAAGGGCUGUCAUUGGCGCCUGAGUUUCGUCCCACGGAUACUGAAUUUGCUGACCCAAUUGCUUACAUAUCGAAAAUUGAGAAGGAAGCUAGUGCAUUUGGUAUAUGUAAGAUUAUACCUCCAUUGCCAAAACCUUCUAAGAGAUAUGUUAUUUCUAACUUGAACAAGUCACUAUUGAAGUGCCCGGAAUUGGGUAGCGAUUUGAAUUCUACUGAUGUUUCUUCUUCUUCAAUGAUGGGUUCUGGAAAUAGCGAUAGUGCUGGGGAAGUUAGGGCCGUUUUUACAACUAGACACCAGGAAUUGGGGCAGAGUGGGAAGAGGGUGAAAGGGGAGGCUAAUAAUCCGCUAGUAGGUGUUCAUAAGCAAGUGUGGCAAAGUGGGAAGGUUUAUACGUUGGAGCAGUUUGAGUCUAAGUCAAAGGCCUUUGCGCGAAGUGUGCUAGGUAUGGUCAAGGAGGUUUCUCCAUUGGUUAUUGAGUCAUUGUUCUGGAAAGCUGCUUCUGAAAAGCCAAUAUAUGUGGAAUAUGCCAAUGAUGUUCCCGGCUCAGCAUUUGGGGAACCAGUGAGUCAGUUGCGCUACUUUCAGAGAAGGAGGAGGAGGAGGAGGAGAGAAUCCUAUCAGAGGAAUGUAGAGGGCACUGAUUGCAAGAAAAACGAAUUGGAUAAUGCUAAGGAUUCGAGUAUUGAUGUGAUUAGAAAUGUUUCGAUCAGUAAUGAUCCAAUUACUUGCACUGGAACAUCUAAAUCAUCCAUUCAAUUGCCAACUAUGUCAUCGGAUGAAGUUUUACAUACUUCGAGAAGAAAGAAUUCAAAUGCUAGUAACGACACAGAAGGUACUGCAGGUUGGAAGCUUUCCAACAGUCCUUGGAACUUGCAAGUCAUUCCACGCUCACCUGGGUCAAUUACACGUUUCAUGCCUGGUGAUAUCCCUGGUGUUACUUCUCCCAUGGUCUAUAUUGGCAUGUUGUUUAGCUGGUUUGCUUGGCACGUUGAAGAUCAUGAGCUUCAUAGCAUGAAUUUUCUUCACACUGGCUCUCCAAAGACUUGGUAUGCUGUCCCAGGAGAUUAUGCAUUUGCUUUUGAGGAAGUUAUCCGCACUGAGGCUUAUGGUGGUAAUACUGAUCGUAUAGCUGCUCUCUCGCUACUCGGUGAAAAGACAACUCUUCUUUCACCUGAAGUAAUUGUUGCAUCCGACAUCCCCUGCUGUAGGUUAAUUCAGAAUCCCGGGGAAUUUGUUGUGACUUUUCCAAGGGCUUACCAUGUAGGAUUCAGCCAUGGUUUUAACUGUGGGGAGGCUGCUAACUUUGGAACUCCUCAAUGGCUUAAAGUGGCUAAGGAAGCCGCGGUGCGUAGAGCUGCAAUGAAUUACCUUCCGAUGCUAUCCCAUCAACAGCUGCUGUACCUUUUGACUAUGUCUUUUGUUUCAAGAGUUCCCAGGUCCUUACUUCCAGGUUGUCGGAGUUCUCGACUGAGAGAUCGCUUGAAGGAAGAGAGAGAAUUAUUAGUAAAGAAGGCUUUUAUGGAAGAUAUGAUAAAUGAAAACAAAACCUUAUCUCUACUUCUCAGGAAGAGAUCAACUUGCCGUUCAGUUAUAUGGCAUCCUGAUUUAUUGCCAUGUGCAAAUAAAGAAUCUGAAUUGCCUAGUGUGACAGCUGUUGCUACCCCAGCCUGUGAAAAUGCCUCGAAUAUUCAUUCUGGAGACAAUAGUAAUCAGAAUCUCUAUGAUGAGAUGACUUUGUAUAUGGAAGCUCUAAAUGAUUUAUACUUGGACGAUGAUAACUUGUAUGGUUUUCAAGUUGAUUCGGGAUCAUUGGCAUGUGUUGCUUGUGGAAGCCUUGGUUUUCCAUUUAUGACUGUGGUACAGCCAUCUGAGAAAGCAUCGACGGAACUUUCGCAUGCAGAUAAUCUUAUGGUCCAGGGACCUGGAGGCUCAAAAUUUGAUGGUGGCCAUUCCUCAGAAGACAAUGAUAACUCUGUUAAGAACUCUUUUCCAGAUAAUCUAUGUCAUAUUUCUGAUGUUUUUCUAUCCUCAGAGGAUCUACCAAUAAUGUCAAAGUUCAAUAAUGGAUGGAACACUUCUGAUAAAUUCCUGAGACCUCGAAUUUUCUGCUUGGAGCACGCUCUUCAAAUUGAGGAUCUUUUGCAGUCUAAAGGUGGAGCAAACAUGCUUGUAAUUUGCCAUUCAGACUAUCAGAAGAUAAAGCCUCAUUCUGCUGCUGUUGCUGAGGAAAUUGGUCUCCCAUUUAGUUAUAAUGAGGUUCCACUAGGAAGUGCGUUCCAGGAAGAUCUGAACUUAAUUGACCUGGCAAUUGAUAGUGAAGACCAUGAUGAACGUGGAGAAGACUGGACCUCCAAGCUGGGUAUUAACCUAAGGUACUGCGUGAAAAUCAGGAAAAACUCUCCAUCAAAGCAAGUUCAGCACGCAUUGACAUUGGGUGGUUUGCUCUCUGAAAGAAGUUCCAGAUCCAAUUUCGUAAAAAUCGAAUGGCAGUCCAGAAGAUCCCGUUCAAAAAUUUACUUAAAUCACCAAGACCGUUUUAUGCCAUCUGAGAGCAUUGAAACCAAGAAUGAGAAGACAGAUGGAGUGAUUGUUAGAGAAGAGAAAAAGCUCAUUCACUAUACUAGGAGGAAGUUCAGAGUGAAACGUGACUGUUUGACAUAUGCAAGUGUGAGCUGUGGACACUCUAGCAAUUACCUGGCUGGAGAAGUUUCAGCGGCAGCCUUUUGUGGAGACCUUGAGAAGGAUGGUGGAAACACAUAUGGAAAGAGCUUUGGUAGCGUCGGGAGUGCCAAAGGCAAUUCCAUGGGGUUGGAUUGCUCUCCUAUCGGAAUGUCUGAAAUGCUUUAUGAAAUCCCAGUACCUGAAGCGUCUAGGGAAAGCAGCUCAAUGUCUGGUCCUUUGAAGGUUGCCAAUGAACUUGCUACUGGAAUUUUAGUGGUUGAAAGUGGUGUUGAGUAUAUUAAGAACCAAACCUCAGAGGGACUUAAUGCAAAGGGGAAGGCUAGUAAUAUAGCUACCUGCCAUAACUCUGAGAUGGAACAUGAGAUAACUAUCGCAGAAGGAAUCAGUGUAGAGGACGAUUCUAAUGCAAGAAAAUGUUCAAGUCAGUCUGUUAUUGCACCUAUUGAAAGAUCUGAGCUGCAGAGAGAGGAUCAAGGAACGGAAAAUAUUGAUAUCCCAAAUGAGACCACUGGUCUGAUUUCUGAAAGAUUGGAGAAGUCCAUUGUACCGAUCAAGAUCAGAGCCUCAGAUGAAUCUUGUGGUAAGGAAUUGCUGCAAGAAUGCAACACUACCGAUGGUAGUAGCCUCCAGGAUACCAUUUUAUGCAGUGAUACACUGAUAAAUCAACCUGUCCCUACCUCGGUGGGGAAAAUUUGUGGAUUACCAAGAAAGAUCAAUGCUGGUGGGAACCUUUGCAACUCUGUUUCAUUGGAUUGUGAAAUGCAGCAGCUAGAGAUAAAAGCAAGUGGAAUUAAUGAGGGUGAUGAGGAGGAAUCCAUUUCUAGAGAAGUUGGACCUAUAAAUCAGCCUACUUCUGCUUCAAUGGAAGAAGUUUUGGAAGUCACAGGGAAGUGCUUCAGUUCAGCAGACUUGUGUGAGGCUGUUAAUGCUGAGAAUGAGGUGCAACAGGAUAUCCGGACUGCAAAUAGAAGUGAGGAGAAAUUUUUCUCGAGCUCUACUGCCCAAACAGAAUUUGAUUUGCCUUCUCCUGUCUCGAAGAAAAAUUGUUCAAAAGUUUCUGCGGGGAGCUGUUCUAAAGAAAACUUGUGCACUGCUAUGACUUUAGACACUGAGGUGCAGAAUGGAAUUGUGACUGCAAGUGAAGGUAACGCAAAUGAACUGGUUUCUAAUUCAAUCACAUGGAAUGAGGAAAAUCAUCCCAUCACUUCCUCAACUGAAAGAUGUACAUUUCAAGGAGGGAGUGGUCUUGCAGAAAAUCUGACUUUAGACGCUGCCAUGCCUCACAAAAUCGUGACUACCAGUAACAGUAAUUCAGAUGAACUUGUGACUAAUUCAAUCAUGGCGAAGGCAGAAGAGAAUCAUCCUAUGGCUUCCCCUAUGGAAAAGUUUUGUCCAAUUCAAGGAGAGAGUGUGACUGCAGAAAAUCUGCUAAACAGCGGUGAAGGUUUGCGAGACAUUAAAGAAUCAGGAAGCUUUGAGUCCACUUCGACAAACUCUAAAUUAACUUGUGAAAAUGGAAGAAAGAGAGGGAAAGAAGUGGAGCUGAACGGGGAAGACAUUUACAACUGCAAUGGCUUUAUUAGAAGUCCAUGUGAAGGGUUGAGGUCAAGGGCCGGCAAAGAGGCAACGAGUAGAGGUAGUAUUGACAGAAAAUUCGAGGAGAAGGUGAUAAAGAAGGCGAAGAAAUCUUCGGAUGUUUCUUCUUCUUCCCAGAAAAGGAAAGAAAACACAAAGAAGUCUCACAAAUGUGACCUUGAAGGUUGCCAUAUGGGUUUUGAGACAAAGGCAGAAUUACAGUUGCACAAACGCAACCGCUGCUCAUAUGAAGAUUGUGGGAAGAAGUUUCGGUCCCAUAAAUAUGCUAUACUUCAUCAACGUGUUCACGAGGAUGAAAGACCCCUCAAGUGCCCAUGGGAGGGCUGCUCCAUGUCAUUCAAAUGGGCAUGGGCUAGGACUGAGCAUAUAAGGGUGCACACUGGAGAGCGACCAUACCAUUGCAAGGUCGAGGGCUGUGGCCUCUCCUUCAGGUUCGUCUCGGAUUAUAGCAGGCAUAGACGAAAAACUGGACAUUAUGUGAAUUCGCCUGGCUGAAAAUGCAUCGAUGUUAUUCUGUCUCUGUCUUAUACUGACACGGACGAUUGGAAUUUUGGGUCCAAAGAGGCCUGUAAAAAACUUUAGGCAUAGAAUUAGGUUUUACGGGGACUUUUGUAAGUAGGCAUCCUCCAAUUAUUUCAAAAAAAAGAUGUUGAUGUAGUUUUCAUUUUCAGUCUGCAUCAUUAGAUGUUGAUUUUCUUGGGAGUAGCUUUUUAAACAGAGAAGGUCAAUUUGUUGGAGGGAAGAGGAAACUCCAUGGAAGGAUGUUUCAUCAUGGGUUGUUGCAAUAAUCAUUUGGUUUAUUGGUUAUCUAGACUCUCUUUUGGAGUA